AUGGCAUUGGAGAAAUGGACAAAAAAAAAGUUUUCCAAUGAAUGGCGCGACGUCAUCACCCCUCCUCCUCCGCCGUCCUCCGUUGUGGGGUCACCUCCGUACAUCAGCGACCUAAGAACUGCUAAGGUAGGCGUGGAGGUAGCUUCCGUCUACGACCUUACCCAAAGCAAUCGUCAUCUUGUGUCACCAAACUACAUUGUACACGGUCUUGUGCUCCUUCCUUACGACUCCAGACAUGGGAACUCAUCUUUGACCUCAGUCUCUUCUCAAAUUCCGGCCGUUCCUUGGUUAACCAACAACCUGGAACAGCUACCUACCUUCAUCGACCUUCAUCUGACAUCCGCCUCACCCUUUCCGCUUCGCCCGGUCUCCCAGUGGGCGCCCAGUCACUUUUUUUCAUCCAUUUUGUUCUCUACAGCUCUGGUUUACGUUCCAGCUCAGGUUGUCAGAGGCGGCAACGCCCAAUCGAAAACAGCAAGCGACGGGCCUCUUUUUCUCUCUCCAACUCUUCGCUUCUCUAAACUCAACAUCAUUAAACCCGACUUCUUUCUUUCCCACUUUUGCAUCCGACUGAUACGUCCCCAACCUUUAUCCUCCCGACGCUUCCUUCGCCAGCAAACCCCUUGCCCCGAAGAAACUCAAAUCAUCUUCGGCUUUAUCGACCAACAACUACUUUUAGUACGACAGGUUCCCACAAAGUCCACUGUUCAACUGCUGCCACUCUUCACUGCCGUCCCCUCGCUCUCGCUCGACUACGGGAGCACUGCCCCUCAUUCCAGCAAGAAGGCACAUCCCGGGCACCGCGCCGAUAAGACCGAUAGCGGUCUGAAAAGCCAGUCGCAGUCAUGGGUUUGGUCCAUGUGCCAGGAAGACGCUCCAGAGCCUCCAGCCUCAGUGAGUCUUACCAGCCCUAGCGGCACUGCCUGGUCCGUUGUCUGGAUAAUACCAGUCGUCCCCUCCUCGUCGCGCCUGUUUCGCGUACCUUGGCUCUGGCGUCUUCCGGGAGCCGAAAAGCCUCCACUCCCACUCUCCAGACCUCUGUCCAAUCGCUCGAGCAUCGACGAGGCCAGAGGCGCUGCUGAAGAUGACGACACGACUGUGGUCGAGGCCGACCAGGGCAACGUGCUCGGCCACAUCAUCUCCCAGCUUCGUCCGGGAGCUGACUUGAGUCGCGUUGUUUUGCCGACCUUCAUUCUUGAGCCCCGUAGUAUGCUCGAGAGGAUUACAAACUUCAUGUGCCACCCCGAAAUGCUCCUCCCUAUACCCGAGAUCGACGACCCUGUACUACGAUUCGUCUCCGUUGUCAAGUUCUACCUCAGUGGAUGGCAUAUUAAACCACCAGGAGUGAAGAAACCCCUGAACCCGAUCCUCGGCGAGGUUUUCUCCUGCUACUGGGAUCUGCCCGAUAACACCAGGGCAUACUACAUCUCCGAGCAAACAUCGCAUCACCCUCCCAAGUCUAGCUACUUCUACAUGGUCCCCGAGCACAACAUCCGUGUUGAUGGCACACUCAAGCCCAGGAGCAAGUUCCUCGGAAACUCGGCGGCGAGCUUGAUGGAGGGCACAGCGGUCUUGUCGUUCCUGAAUAGGGGCAAGGUCAAGACAAAGGGCGAACGAUAUAUCUUGACACAGCCAAACAUGUACGCUCGAGGCAUUCUCUUUGGAAAGAUGAAGUAUGAGCUAGGAGACCACAGCUUUGUCCGGUGCCCAGAGCUCGAUUUGGUCGCCGACAUUGAGUUCAAGGUGAAGGGCUGGGUCAGCGGUACCUAUAAUGCGAUUGGUGGCUCAAUCAAGCAUGAGAGCACAGGCGAGGUCCUUUACGAGCUCUCGGGCUUUUGGAACGAUGAGAUGUUUGUCAAGGAUGUCAAGACCGGUCAUAAGGAGAUGUUCUUCAACGCUAGACGGUCGAAGCCCAGCAGUCCCCUGGUGCGGCCAAUCGAAGAGCAGGAUGAGCGCGAAUCUCAGAAGCUUUGGGCACCGACAGCUCAGGCCGUAAAGGAUCGCAACCAUGAGCUUGCGACGGACGAGAAGACCAAGGUUGAGGACAGACAACGCGAGGAACGCGAGACAAGAGCUCGCGAAGGCGUUGAAUGGAAGCCUAGGCUUUUCAGAGCUGUUCAGGGCGGCCCGGGUGGUCCUGAAGAGGGCGAGGAGGAGCUGGAGUGGAUCAUCAAUGCUCACAUUGACCACACGAACCCAGAGAAGCAGACUGAGCAAAUUUUGGCCAUAUACCCUAUUCUUCCGGGCCAGAAGCCUUCUACGACAAACGCCAUUCCUCCCCACAAGCCCUCUGCGACAGCAGAGGCCCCAGCCCCGGCCCCCGCUCCGAUCGCCCAGCAACAUGUUGGAGGCAAUGACUUGAUCGAUUUCGGCGACGCGCCAGCUACCACUCCGGCAGCCCCAACAGCAACUGCGCCUGCUGUUCAGCCACCAAGCGGUAUUCCUCCGGCAGCUCAUGAGGCGCGGAGUGGAUCCAAGGACAUCGAAGGGAUGCUCAACAGCACCGGAACGCAAGCAAAAGAGGGACCAUUGAUGGACUUCACAGACAUGAAGAAGAGCGUACCGCCGCUGAAGAGAGCCGAUGAGAGUAACGACAGCUUCCAUGAUGCUUUGGAGUAG